AUGUUCCAAAAACAACCCAACAAUCCAUCGAUUGAACCAGCUCGGCCGAGCACAAAGAUGCUUUCAAAAUACCUCAUCACAGGACUGACAUUUAUUUUCAUCUACUACCUCUGGCCUUCGAGCGUACCAUACGAAAUGGAUCGAAAGAUGUCGUCGAAACCAUCAAUAGGCAUUUCUCUCACGGCUGCAUAUGGGACUAUAUCCCUUCGUCACUCCGACGGUUCAUUCGAGGACCUUGCUCGCGUCGAAGGUGACUCUAGCUAUAUCGAAAUGAUGAGGCGACUCUCGUCACCUGCUGCAUCUCAUCCUAGUCCCCCCUACUCUUCGAUGGAUGAUAUGUGGGACGACAUACCCCGACAAGCAUGGCGAUCUUUCCGCAAAAAGAUAGGUCUGGCAGCAUCUCCUGACGUACAUGUCAUGAGCCAGCUAGUCAAAAAGCUCCUCUCUUUGAGUAAAUCUGCGACCCUUCCAUACGUCAUAAUAAGCUACCCAGGAAUGGAGGCACUUUACGAAGAAGAUAUCUACGACAUGGCGGAGUACCUAGGUCUUCCAAAACUCACGGGCAUUUACGAAUACUAUCCGCAGGAAGCUUACGCUGCUUAUGCGGGUCACGGGCUAGGAUUAUGUGAGCACUUUAAGGACAAGGACCGAUGCAAGGAUGAAGGAAACCAACUACCGAUGCACGAAACACUCCUGGUUGAAUAUACCGAUCAAGCUAUCCUACUGCACAUAACAUAUCUACGGACAGUGAAUGUGGAUAGGGGGUCCGCUGACCCUCUUGUAACAGCUUCUUUUGAAUUAGGUGCUAAUUCGCGGGUCGAUAAACAUGCGUCGCAUGUGGCAGAAUUCGUUCAUCAGUUCUUAAGUGCUUGGUUCGAAGGGCCACUCCUUCCUGAUGAACUCUUGGUUAUUAUGACGGGGACCAGGGAUGAGGCUAUAGAAGGGGCUAUUCAAGAGGCGGCGGAGAGGGUAGUGCCAAAGACUCAAAUAAUUGCGUCCAAGUCCGAGUUCAUUGCAUCUAGGGGAUCUGCUGAACUUGCCUGGAGAGUGAACAUUAUGGAACUUUCUUGA